AUUCCUCACUGUCCCUCUGCCUACGGCGGCGUCAUUUCUAAAAAAAAGAAAAAAACCCUAAGGCGGCGUCCAGCAGGCGCGCGCCGGCGGGGAGGAAGCGACGGGAUCCCCGGCGUGCUGGUACAGUACGGCACGCGCCCGCGGCGGCCGGCGGGUGCGCGGCGUCGCGCCCUCUGCCUUCCCAGGGCACUAGCCGGCGGCGGCAGGCGGGGCGCUGUAGCGGUGGGCGGGGUUGCAGGGUCGGUAGGCCGGUGACGGCGAGCAGGAGCAGGGUACGCCGCAACGGAGGGCAGGGGGAGGAAUUUCAGAGAUCGACUGAUUCUGGAUUUAAUCCUCUUAAAUAGGGAGUAUGCUAACGUUGUCUAUUCAGCUAAUUUAUACUGUAGGUUGUUGUACCUUGUGCUGCAUUCAUCCCCUGCUUUUGGGCUCUGCAGGCGAGGUUGGUCAAGUCUCAAGUGCUGGUUUUAUACUUUUACUGCUGUGUGAGUGCACAUUCUUGUUGGAGAUGGCAACUGAACACGAGAGAGACAAGCAAAUUGGACAAGAGGAAGAGGAAGAGGAAGAGGAAGAAGAGUAUGUCUUGCUAGAGUUGGAUGGUUGUCUCCAUUCCAACAUUCAACCAGAUGCCCCUUAUAUACUCUCUCAUGUUUUUCAGGGUUUGGAUACACCGACCCCUAACUUGAUAGUAGGUCGCGGCGUGAACAUGAUUGGAGAGUAUGAAGAAACGGUCGGCACAUAUUAUUUAUUUUCGGAAAGUGAUGCUCCAUCAAAACCAGUUCAUGAUCGGACUGUACCUCUCAAAGUAAAUAAGGACAAGCUAGGCAGCAGUUGUAAGGAAGGACCAUCCAAGGAGGUGAAACAUCUCGCAAGCGUUCAAAAGAUCCUCAAAUUCCAGUCGAUCAACGAGGAUCAUCAUGAGCACAGAGCAUAUCAGCAUAAGGAUAAGGAGUUCUCCUUUGACCCUUCAAAUAGAAUGUAGAAAACCCCCUUGAAAUACGAUUAUGCAUCAUCGGCGCCCCCAAGCUGAUGUGGCGCCUUGUCAUGCCAAAAGGUACGCUUGUGUGAACAUGACGGCGGUGCCUGAUUUGUGCGACCAAGAAAGACAUGGCUAACAGGAAAAUGCUUUUCUAGGGACCAGCUGGGAGAUGCUUAUUCCAUCUAGCUGCUUUGCAUUAGCUGCACGCCAAUACAUAAAGAGCAAAUUGCAUCUUUUUUUUUUUGGUGAAAAGGAUCCGGAUCUAUUAAUGAAAGUUUCCCGGAAGUAUAAAGCAUUUCAAACAUAAUCCAAAUUACAUCUAUAGUAUAACAACUUGGCUCUAGGUUUUAUCCCGGUGACUGUAUUUAGGAAGGGUGAAAAUAUGACCAUUGGGUUCGCCAAAAGUAUUGAAUAGUGAAAUAUUUUUUA